AUGGGCGCUCUCCGCCCCUCAGGGCGGCGGGACGGGCGGCCCCGCCCCAUCGGCAGCGAUCGCGGCGGGCGGCGGAGGCGGUGUCGGGGUGGCAUGUUUCUUGCUUCACGAAACUUCUGUUGCCGUGGCAUUAAGCUAAGAACAGAUUUGCUUUCCAGAUCCAUCAAACAUUCAACCUCUGCAACAAUGCCCUUCAGACACAAAAAUACAAGACGGAUUGAAGGCCUUGAUAGCAAUGUGUGGGUUGAAUUUACAAAAGUGGCAGCAGAUCCCUCAAUUGUUAAUCUCGGUCAAGGCCUUCCUGAUAUAUCCCCUCCCAGCUAUGUUAAAGAAGAGCUGGCAAAGGUAGCAGCAGUUGACAGACUGAACCAGUACACCCGAGGCUUCGGACAUCCAUCACUGGUGAAAGCCUUGUCUCAAGUGUAUGAGAAAGUUUGUGGAAGAAAGAUUGAUCCUCUCACAGAUAUCCUGGUGACUGUGGGAGCUUAUGGAUCUCUCUUUAGUACAAUACAGGCACUAAUUGAAGAGGGAGAUGAAGUAAUAAUAAUAGAGCCAUUUUAUGACUGUUACGAGCCAAUGGUAAAGAUGGCGGGUGCAAAGCCUGUUUUUAUCCCACUAAGACGUAAAAAGGAUGGAAACUCUGCAUCUAGUGCUGAUUGGGUCUUAGAUCCUGCUGAACUUGCAAAUAAAUUUAAUUCCAAAACAAAAGCAAUUAUUCUGAAUACUCCACACAACCCAAUAGGCAAGGUUUUUACCCUGGAAGAGCUCCAAGUAAUAGCUGAUCUCUGUAUUAAACAUGACACCCUGUGCAUCAGUGAUGAGGUGUAUGAAUGGCUGGUGUAUAAAGGAAAUAAACACAUUAAAAUAGCUACAUUGCCAGGUAUGUGGGAAAGAACAGUAACUAUAGGAAGUGCUGGGAAAACAUACAGUGUAACUGGCUGGAAGCUUGGUUGGUCCAUUGGUCCUGAGCACCUGAUUAAGCAUUUGCAAGUUGUUCACCAAAAUACACUCUACACUUGCCCAACUCCAUUACAGGAGGCUUUGGCACAAGCAUUUUGGAGGGACUAUAAGCGCAUGGAUGACCCUGAGUGCUAUUUUUACUCCCUGUCUCGAGAGCUGGAGAGCAAGCGUGAUCGGAUGGCUCAGCUACUGAAAGGGGCUGGACUAAAGCCUGUCAUUCCAGAUGGAGGAUACUUCAUGAUCGUUGAUGUUUCCACGUUAAAUGUGGAUCUCUCUGAUGUAGAUGAGAAACUACCUUAUGAUUAUAAAUUUGUCAAAUGGAUGAUAGCAUCUAAGAAGCUGUCAGCAAUUCCUCUUUCAGCAUUCUGUGCUCUUGAGACAAAGAAACACUUUGAAAAAUACAUACGGUUUUGCUUCAUUAAGAAAGACAGCACACUAGAUGCAGCUGAAGUGAUCCUGAAGAACUGGAAUAAACAGACAGACUGAUUUUUCUUAUUAACUCUUCCAUAUAGUGUAAUUAUCUAAUAGUAGGGUUUUUUUAAAUUGGAAAUUUAAGAAAAAAUUACUUAAUACACUACAGAAUUGAUAUGACGUUGUAAAUAACUUUUUACUGAUGCCUGCUGAGGAGUUAAAACAAGGAUUUACUGAAAUACGUGUAAUGCAACUCAGGAGUUAUUUUCAGUCUUUUAAAAAUAAAUUGCUUUUCUCUUAAAGAAACCCCAA